AUGGAAGCUGUUAAGAGACAGGAAGCUGAAUCCAAGAAGUCCUUUUGCAACUCAGCCGCCAUAGAAGAAAGAUUUGAAGACCAAGUUCCAGAAUGGAUGCUUUCAAAACCUACUGUUGAUUGCAUGAUUUGGCCUGAAGAGAAUUACCCAGAGAGAGAGUCCAAUCGAGCUAGAAAGAGAAGACUCUUCCCAAAGAUUAUCCCCAAGACAGAUAACUCAGGAAAGUUUGUGUGCCUUGUAUCAUCAAAGAUUGGAAAUUGCUCUAUCCCUACUGAUUUCCAGAUUGUGGAAAUGAGAGAGAGUAGCCAUAGACCUCUCAUAUUUGGAACCCCUUUCCUGUCUACUGUGGGUGCCAUAUUUGAUUUCCCCAAUCAAAGAAUCUCUUUCAACAAGGUGAACAAGGGUAUGUUCUUCCCUAUGUGUUCAACAAAGAACUCUUUUGUUGACAUGGUCCAAGAGGAGAAAGUUACUUUGAAGCCACCCCAAGAAGGAGAAACUGAAGAAACAAUCAAGGAAGAUCCCAUUCCUAAGCCCAAGCAGCUUGCCAAACAAGCAAGGAGUAAGACUAAGGCCCCUACACCAAAACCGCCCAAGGGAUCAACCAAGAUUGAAGAUGAGGCCAAGCCAAGAAGAAGGUUAGAAAACCUAGGUCUGGCCGCAACAUGA